AAAUAAAUAAAUAAACAAAUAAAUAAAAUAAAUAGGUUGAGUUAGGGUAUUACUCCCUCCCUCACUCAAUUCACACGCCUCCCUUCCCCUUUCCUUUUUCCUUCUUUCUUUCCCUCCUUCCUUACCUUCUCCCUCUACUGUGCCGCCAGGGCUGGCUGUUGUGCCGCCCCUUGUGACUGCCGGCCAGUUGCACGGCACCUCCUGCAAGAUUCCCCAACCCCUGGCCUUGGAUCUCCACCCUCACCACAGCAGCUGCGCUGCGUUUUUUUCAACCGGCAGCCACACCACAGUGAACAGCCGUCCACCCUUCCACCACCAGCAACCGCUUCACUCCCUGUGGCCAGCAACUAGCGGCUGUGACAGAAGCAGCCCUGAGACGUGACUCCAUCCACCACCACACUAACCACUCUUCUCUCCACCCCUUUCUCUUGUUCACCUAAUUUUAUUUUAGAGUUCAAGAAUCAGAAAGCAAGGUUUUCCUAUCUAGAAGACAACCAUGCCGAAACAUUACAGACCUCCGGGCAAGAAAAAGGAAGGAAACGCUGCCAAGUAUGUUACUCGUUCCCAGGCCGUCAAGCAACUUCAAGUCACUCUUCCUCUCUUCAGGAAACUAUGCAUUUGGAAGGGUAUAUAUCCUCGAGACCCUAAGAAGAAAAUCAAAGGAAAUCAUCAAACUUACUAUCAUACCAAGGAUGUAGCUUUCAUCCUUCAUGAUCCCCUUCUGAAUAAACACCGUGAAAUCAGAGCCCAUGAGAAGAAGAUUAGAAAAGCAAGGGCUAAGAAGAAUAUGCAGCGUGCUUUUCGUCUUGAACAAAACAAACCCACUUACAAUUUAGAUAGGCAAAUCAUUGAGAGGUACCCAAGGUUUAUUGAUGCACUAGGAGAUUUGGAUGAUGCUCUUACCAUGGUUCACCUCUUUGCUGCUUUGCCAACAUUACAGAAUGAACAAAUUGAUGUAAAGCGUAUCCAUAAUUCACGUAGGUUAAGUUAUGAAUGGCAAGCAUACAUUGCUCGUACUCACAAGCUGCGCAAAACUUUCGUUUCAGUGAAAGGGAUUUAUUAUCAGGCUGAGGUGCAGGGACAAAAAAUAGUUUGGGUAGUUCCCCAUUCACUACAACAAGUCGUGACUGCUGAUGUUGAUUUUAAAGUGAUGUUAACAUUUGUGGAAUUCUAUGAGACACUUCUUGCUUUUGUGAACUUCAAACUUUACCACUCCAUAGGUGUGAAGUAUCCACCAAUUUUGGAUCCUCGCUUGGAAUCAUUAGCAGCAGAUCUAUAUGCACUCUCAAGAUACAUUGCUACUAAACCCGAGCAACAAGACAAACAAUUACAAGGACAUCCAGAUGAAUCAGAGCUAAAGCUUGCACAACUUCAUCAUCAGCUCGCAUCCAAUGAGCCUGGAGCCUUGAUGCAUCUUGUUGAAGAAGCCGAGAUAGAGGAUGAUGGAGAUGAAGAAACAAAGGAGUGCAAAUCUCUUUUUGAGAACAUGACGUUCUUUUUGACCAGAGAGGUUCCAAGGGAGCCGUUGCUUUUUGUCAUCUCGGCCUUUGGUGGGAAGGUUUCUUGGGAGGGAGAUGGAGCUCCAUUUGGGGAGUCUGAUCCUAGCAUUAGUCAUCAGAUUGUUGAUCGGCCAACUCAGAAUCACAUGUUCCUUUCUAGAGAAUAUAUUCAGCCACAAUGGGUCUUUGAUUCCGUAAAUGCUCGCAUAAUACUGCCAACUGAGGAUUAUGUGGUGGGAAGGAUUCCUCCUCCACAUUUGUCUCCCUUUGUUGAUAAUGAGGCAGAAGGGUAUAUCCCUGAUUAUGCACAAAAGAUCAAGCAACUGCAGGCUGCUGCUAGGAAACAAGUACUGCCAGUACCUGCUGUUGGAAAUGAAGAUCAGGAUGACAUUCAGGACCCACUAUUGGAAGGCAUUGCUGAUCGUGUGGAAGCAAACAAGGCAGCUGAAAGAAAGCAAAAGAUGUUGAGUCUUGAAAGACAAUAUCACGAAGAGUUGAAAAUGGAACUUGAAGGUGUCAGCCAUUCUGGUCCCAAGCAGCCGAGUACUAAUGAAAACGUAGAGUCUCGUGAUCAAGAGCAAACUGAUGUGGUUGAUGACGAAGCCGAGGACAUGUCAAAAUCUUUAAUGUCACGCAAGAAAAGAGGGCUUUAUGAGUCGAUAGUUAUUCAUAAUCAACGCAAGAAAGCUAAGAUUAAAAAGCUCGAGUCCAGGAAACAAAAACUUGAAAAAAACCGAAAGUGAGCAACAAAUUGAAGGAAGAGAAAUUUUGCCUAGUAGUAACUUUCGUAUUUGUAUCUCAGAUCCACUUUGCUUUUUAAUUAUAAUAACAGUUAAUUUGAAAGUAUUUUUACAAAGGUUUUUGGUUGUACUUUGUUG